AUGGAUGUAAAGACCUUGCUCGACAAUCUUCAUGAUGAAGUAUCAUGUUCUGUGUGUAUGUGUCCAUUCACUGAUCCAAAGCAGUUACCUUGUUUGCACAGUUUCUGUCUUCAUUGCCUGAACGGAAUUCAACGAACGAGCGGCGUCCGUGGUAAAAUUACAUGCCCCAAGUGCAGAAGACAGUUUCAGAUUUCUGGAAGUGGAAAUCCCAGAGAACUUCCCACUAAUUUUCGAAUAAACAGCCUGCUAGAUGUCUUGGCAAUUAAAGAGUGCAGUACAGUCAACGUCAAAUGCAGAAACUGCGACAAACGAAGCACCCAGACCUUAUAUUGCUUCCAGUGUUGUUCAUUCUGGUGUGACGAAUGUAUUGUAGGACAUAACAUAAUGCGAGGAAAUAAAGAUCACAGAACGUUAGCGCUGAAAGAUUUUCAAGAUCAAGACAUCAAAGCUGUUUUAGAACGACCAGCAUUUUGUCAAAAGAAACACCAUGAAAACAGAGAGUUGGAGUUCUUUUGCAAGGACUGUAAAGUCGCCAUUUGUAGCACUUGUGCUAUGACACUUCAUGAAGGUCAUGGUAAGAUGCCCUUGCAAGAAGCUACUGUUGAGCGCAAAACACAGAUAAACUCCAUGAUUCGAUCUUUGAAAGACAAAGUACGUGUAAAACAAAAUGAAGUCGAACAAUUCAACCAAAAAAGCAUCGCAUUUCAAUGGAAAGUAACCGAGGCAAAAAGCCAAGCGCAGUCUUGUGUAGACCAAAUUAUUGCAAUCGUCGAAGCGAGAAAACAAGAUGUUUUUGAUGCAGUCGAUAAUCAAGCGAAGAAAUUAUUGGAAUCUCUCUCACAGAAAAAAGAAGAAGUGGAGAAACAAUUAAAAAUAAUUGAAUCCGCAGUUGAACAAACUGAAACUCUGUUGAAACGAAGCUUUAGCACUGAAAUCCUUGGAUUCAGUGAAACAUUUGAUACAAUCCUGCAGGAACAGAGCACCCAAGAAAACCGUGACACUGAAUGUAUUCCUCGGUUUAGUUUCACUAAAAGUGAAAAACUGAUUAACCUAUGAGCGAGGGGAUAGGUAAAGUAGAAUUUGAUUUUAGCGAAACUAAAGCGCAACAAUCAGGAGCUAAAGGUAAAGAAAGUAGUAAAGUAAUUGCUGGGAAUAAAGGGGCAAAUGUUCGUGACAGUCCUCUUGAGACUCAGGUACAAACCAGGCGCUUCAGAUCUGUGCUGUCAUUUGGACAAAAAGGUGCGGCUGUUGGAAUGUUUAACGCGCCCUAUGGGGUGGCAGUGAAUGAUCGUGAUGAAAUUGCUGUGACUGAUACCUGGAACCACAGGGUUUCAGUGUUUAGUAGUGACGGCACCCACUUAAGAUCGUUUGGUAGGAAGGGUCAGAAUAAUGGUGAGUUGCAUUGCCCUAAAGGGAUCGCUUUUGAUAGCCAUGGCAAUAUUGUAGUGGCAGACUCUUUUAACCACAGGGUGCAAGUCUUUGAUACGAAUGGUAACUUUCUUAGUAAGUUUGGUGAACAAGGAAGUCUUGAUAAUCAGCUUCAAUAUCUUGAAGGUUUAUCAAUAAACGGUAACGGUGAUAUUAUUGUUGCUGAUACCGAUAACAAAUUAAUCAAGAUAUUCUCUUCUAGUGGGGAGUAUUUACGUAAAUUUGGUGGAGCAGGUUCUCCCUAUUGCUGUAUCCAGUGCGGUCAACAUUUUAUAGUCUCAGAUGCUGGUGAUCAUUCCAUUAAAAUGUUUAAUCUGGAGGGAAAGUUUAUUUCUAAAUUUGGAAAACAGGGAAACAAGGAUGGAGAGUUCAAUAAGCCCUGUUGCUUGUCAGUUAACAAAGAAGGAUUGCUAAUGGUCUGUGAUUCAAAAAAUCACAGAGUUCAGGUAUUUGAACUGAGUGGAAAGUUUGUUACAAAGUUUGGAAGUGAAGGUAGUGAGAGAGGAGAGUUCAGGUUUCCAAGGUCUUUAGCAAAUCUUAGUGAUGGAAGGAUAGUUGUGUGUGAAAUGAAUAACAACCGAAUCCAAGUGUUU